AUGGCGCCGGCUGGGUGCGGCAGGGCCGCGGGCUCGCGCAGGGGCCGGGGCCGGAGCCGCCCGCGGCGGCCCCCGACCUGGGAGAUUUCGGACUCUGACACCGAGGCCCCCGCCGGCGCGGAGGCCGCCGAGCAGGCCCGAGACCCGGCCGCGGAGCGCGGGGCGGCGGCAGAGGCGCUGCGGCUGCUGCGGCCCGAGCAGGCCCUGAGGCGCCUCGCGGUGCGCGUGGACCCAGCCAUCCUGGAAGAUGCCGGCGCUGACGUCCUCAUGGAGGCCCUGGAGGGCCUGGGCUGCGAGCACCGCAUCGAGCCCCAGCGCCCCGCCCGGAGCCUCCAGUGGAGCAGAGUGCGGCCGGACCCCUGCCCCUGCAGUGUGCUUCCCGAGGUGGGGACGGCAGAGGAACAGGAGCUGCUGUUACUUCUGGAGCCUGAGGAGUUUCUGCGCGGAGUCGCCCAGCUGAUCCAGGUGAUUGGGCUGAAGCAAGUCCCUUUCCGCCAGCGGUGAGAGGCUGGGUCCCCAGCCAGGGCACUUGCUCUGCCAGUUCCUGCCCUGAGGGAGAGGAGCUGGGGCUGGGACUCCUCUCACGUGCCAGCAGGACAGCACGUGGCCCCAGGGAUUGACCAGACACCUUUGGCCCAAUGAGUACUGUCACCCUGGGGUGGGCUCCCAGCCUCUGAUCUCAAGGAAAGGGCAAGGGGUGGCAGGGAACAUUUUUGGAUAACAGAGCUGAACAGAACAGGAAGUUCUUUCCCAGCUUGUGGAUGGCAUGGAGCCAGAGGGGCUGGUGGGUUGACUGCCCUUGGCCAUGGGGAAGCCGAGCAGCGG